AUGUCAGCAUUGAAAACGUAUUACAGUGAAGAAAUCAGGAUAUUUUUAAGAGCAAAUCAAAGAGCUGUAACUCAUUUUGACAUAUCUGAGCUAUUUGGCAGGGCAUACCUGAAAGUGCAAACUGGAGAACGCGCGGUCAAGGGAUUUGCUGUUACGGGCCUUUAUCCAGUAAGACGCAACGUUUUCACAGAAGACGACUAUUUGGCAGCAGAAGAUAAUAGUGAACAUAAAGAAACAGAAGAUGAACCCGUGUUGAGAGAACAAAUCCAGAAUGAAGAGACAUCUCCUGGAUCAGAAACCCUGGUACUCCCUGAAGAUAUAAUGAAAAUACCAAAUCUAAAAAAGAAACAAUCUAAUAGGGGAAGAAAAUCAGGGAAAGCGAAAAUCAUUACAUCUACACCGAACAAAGAUGAACUUGAAGCUUCUAUAAGCAUCUCAAAUAACAAGAAAAAAUAA